AUGACCGUUUCUAAUUCCAAGGUAUCUGCCGCCCUCGCAGAACGUCUGGCGUCGGCCGCGCCGUCGGGCGUCCACACAGCACUCAUCGAAUCCGUGCUGCCAACACUGAUCGACUGCAUCGCCGACAUCGCCAAGACCCUGCGGCAAGCCCACCACGUGUCGCAGGCCGGCUCUGCCAACGCGUUCGGAGACGACCAGCUGAACGUCGAUGUCCUGGCCGAGAACAGCAUCCGCGAGGCCAUUGCGCGCUGUCCCGCCGUCGCGACCGCCAGCAGCGAGGAGGACCCGGUCGAGAGACCGGCGCAAAAGGGGGACGUCCCAUCUGGCGGUGCCGUCCCCGAGGAGCACUACACGGUGGCCUUCGACCCGUUAGACGGCAGCUCCAUCAUCGCGCCCAACUGGACCGUCGGCACCAUCAUCGGCAUCUGGCAGGGCCCGACGGCGCUGAACCAACCGCCCGCCAGCAAACUGGUCGCCUCCGUGCUGGGAGUCUACGGCCCGCGGACCACGGCCUUCAUCGCGCUCCGCGUCCCGGGCUGCGAGCCGGCGUGUCUGGAGAUCGGCAUCGGCGAGAACGGCGCGCGGGACUGCGAGAUCGUGCGGGAGGAGGUCAAGCUCGCGAAACCGCCCUUCAAGACGCGGUACUUCGCGCCGGCCAACUUGCGGGUCGCGGGCGAGGACGAGAAGUACAUGAAGCUGAUCUCGCACUUUAUCGAGAACAACUACUCACUGCGGUACUGCGGCGGGCUUGUCCCGGACGUGGUGCAUGCGCUCGUCAAGGGCCACGGUGUGUACGUCAACCCAGUCAUGGACGCGCACAAGGCGAAGUUGCGGCGGUUGUAUGAGCUGUACCCUAUUGCUCUCAUCAUGGAGUGCGCGGGUGGAAAGGCUCUCGACCCGGCGUAUGGGAAGCGCAUCCUCGACAAGAACCUGGAGGAUCUGAACGAGACGGCUGGGCUGAUCUGCGGGACGUCUGAGGAUGUGCAUUAUGCCAAGCAGGCACUGCUUGGUGGGCCACAUGCGUGA